AUGCCUGUAGGAUGUAGAAAGAUCUUUCGACUCGGUACCAUCACCGACUCGAUGAUACCCGUGAGGUCAGUGGCGAGAGGCGGAGAGGAAGAAUCGGUUGCAGAACGUCACCUACAUCGUUGCCGUCGUCGUCAUCGUCGUCAUCGUCGUUCUGCCAGCCAUUCUGCAGACGACGAGAAUAGUGACCGUGCAAGGUCGACCUCGAGGCAGAGGCACGCGAUUAUGGUGCACCAUCGUCAUCAUCGCCGCGGUCUCCAGGCGAGCCACCACUGCGCCAUCGGGAGACGUACGUGCGUCUCGCUCUUCCAGGUACUCCUGCUCAUCCUCGGCCUCUGGCUGCCCUUAUUCGAGAACGGCGCGCUGGCGUGCGGACCCGGUAGGGGCGGCGGCCGACGGCCGGUCGUGAGGAAGCUCACACCCCUGGUCUUUAAGCAGCAUGUACCGAACGUCAGCGAGAAUACCCUACCGGCGAGCGGGCUCAACGAGGGAAAGAUAUCUAGGGACGAUACCAAAUUCCGAAAUCUCGUGCCCAAUUACAACACGGACAUCAUCUUUAAGGACGAGGAGGGCACCGGCGCGGAUCGUCUCAUGACACAGGUGAACACGCGAUUUCUCCUUCGGGAAUACAAACAAAGGCGCAAGUAGAUGAAGAACUGCCACCUUCCUUUGACAGGUCUCAAA